CCAGUAUCGGCUUUAGGUUUUUGUAUGUUUUAAUUCAAAUAUAUUUUGUUCCGUAUUUUGAUUUAAAUGUAUUAUGUUGAAUAUUUUUCAACACACUGUGCACAGAUAAACAAAUUUUGAAAUGCGAAAAAACAAUGCUUUAUUGGCUUUAUAUUAAAUAAUUUGACAGCAGUUAUCAAAGAAACAUCCCUACUGACAAUGGUUCCCGAAAACAUCGAUAUCAAACCAAUGGAUCUCUUCUACAUCAUUCCAAUGGUAAUCGCCUUGCUUACAGCCAAAUUUAUUUUCCAAAAAACCGUUUAUUUCCUACUGGAAACUUGUCAAAAUAUCAAUUUUCUUCCACCUAGUAAUCCAUCCAGAAUCCUAGAAACUACUUAUUUGAAAUCAAAGAAAUUGAACCAACGAGACCCCCAAGAAUGCCUCAAUCGACGGUAUAACGAAGGAGAAGAAUAUUUGAAUAAUCUUUGUGAAAAUGUAUUUCAAUAUUUAUAUUACGUCCUUAUAUUCACUUACGGUAUAGCCGUAUUGUGGAACAAACCAUGGUUGUGGAAUAUAUCAAAAUGUUGGGAGGAUUUCGAUCACCAAAAAACAAGCGUGGAUAUCUGGUGGUACUACAUGAUAUCGCAAACUUUUUACUAUUCAAAUUUCGUAACUCAUAUGUAUGAAGCACCGAAAAAACAUUUUUACUUUAUACUUGUUCAUGAUGUCAUCACAAUUUUAAUUCUAACUUUAUCCUGGUGCUACAGGUUCGUCAGAAUUGGUGCAGUAGGAAUGAUGGUACACGACAUCUCCAAUGUCUUUCUCCAAGCGUCUAAAAUAGCGUUCGCGCUAAGAAAGGAGAUGGCGCAUGCGUGUUCUUUCGUUGUUUUCUCUUUGGUGUGGCUAGUGACAAGGAUGGGAGUGUUUCCUUUGUGGAUCAUACGGAAUUGCCUGAGUGUUCAAGUUGAAUUUGGGUUUAGGCAUUACGGGAGUAUUUUGUUGAUCGGUUUGUUAUUCAUUCUGUUCGGGUUGCAUUGUUUUUCUACUUGUAUGAUUUUUAGGAUUUUUAGUAAUGCUGGUAAAUUAGUAAAUGCCAAAACAGAUGUCUAAUGUAG